ACGGCCGUUUGCAGCACUGCGCUCCGCUGUUAUGUUGGCGCCCGCGUUGUCUUCCGUUUGCUGCCGUCGUCGUCGACUGUUUCAUGGUUGACGGGUUCCGCAGGCUGCCGCUGCUGAACCAUUGUCCUGUUGCUGCUCCUCGUGGUUCUCUUCCGCGUGUGCAUCCUUGGGAACAUGCCGCCGUGUCAACGCAAAAGAAGGUCUUCGAUGAAGGACGCCAGGAUGGAGGCACGGCAGGCGAUCCCUCAGUCCGGUGGGGAGCAGGUCGGAGGGAGGCGGUGUGGGGGGAGCCUGUCGACCGUUGGCAGGGCCUCCCAGCGGGUUGGGUAUGAUGCAUUGCCACCGCACUUGCAACCACUGCCCGGCUCAUCGGACGAGGAGGAGGUGGUGGAGAGACGGCCACAAACCGUGUCGCUGGGCAGCGGAUCAACGCAGGAGUGGACAGCCACGGAGCUGUGCGGGACGGGCGGCGGCGUGUACGAGCAGUCGUUCACUGAACUCCUUCGGCCUGGCCUUGGCGAAGACGAAGGAGAUGGCCGUGUCAACCUGUCGUUUGGUUUGUCCACCGGGCGGUCUACAACUCCAUCGCGCACAGUGCUCGUGCGACCCCACCCCGGCGACGAAGGCGGGCAAUUGACAGUUGUUGAUCGAUCAGCGAGGACGAGGGCGUUGGCGAGUGAGACGGCGGGACUGAACCGGAACUCGUCGACGCCCCAGCCACGGGCGGCCUCUCUGUCCAAGGGCGCCCCGGGUCGGCCGGAGUGGAUGCAGUUGCCAUCUCCCCUGUCGGCGGCGUCGGAAGUGGCACGAGGCAGUGGCGUCGGAGUCGACGGUGGGACCGACUUCUUGGAUGUUGGUAAUGGUCGCGACGGGAGGGAGGUGUGGAGGGACCUGCGGCGGGAUCACCGGCUGCGGCAAGAGGAAUACAUCACACGGGGGGUGGAGCGUCUUCACGUGGGAGACCGGGAGAACGAGAACGAGACAGACAAUCCACCGGCGGAAGAAGACGACGACGACGACGACGACGACGACAACGACGUAGAGGUUGGGGAGGGGGGGGGUGGUCACGCGUCGCCGUCGUUGCAGAGUGACAUGGCUGGUAAGGGUGGGAAGUUCAAGCCUUCCGGCCGCAAUGCUCGUCCGCGGGCGAAUAAAGGACAGGGAAAGGGGAGCGGUGGCGAAGGCGACGGUGAUGCGGAGGAGAAGCGCAACUUCUGGUCCGUGGAACACAUUAUAGCCCUCAUAAGGGCUAAACGUGACCAAGAUGCGCAUAUGCAGGGGAUGGGCCACGAAUACGCACGGAUGAAACCGCGGGAAUGGAAAUGGCAAGACGUCGCCCAAAGGUUGAAGAAUGUCGGCGUGGACAGGAAUGCGGAGAAAUGCCGGAAGAAGUGGGACAAUCUAAUGCAGCAAUUCAAGAAAGUCCAUCACUUUCAAUCACCGUCAGGGGGUGCCGACUUUUUUCAGUUGACGUCGAAGGAGAGGGUGAGCAGGGGCUUCAAUUUCACGAUGGAUCGCGCAGUUUAUGACGAGAUAGAGGGGUCGACUGGGAUGAACCACACCAUCCACCCGAAGAAAGUGGCAGACACCGGUGCGUCUGGCGGCGUGCGCCCGCCUUCGACGUCUUACGUGGAUCCUGAAUCGGUGACAGACGAGGAAGGAGGUGCAAGGCGAGAAGACGACGAGGAGGGGUCGACGCGAGGCUCUUCGCAGACGACAAGCACCCCCGGCGGUUCUGGGAAAAGGAAGAGCACGAGGCAGCAGACUUUCGAGGCGCUCACGGAAUGCAUGGAGAACCACGGGGAGCUAAUGGCGUCGACGAUGGAGAGUGCAAGCAAGCGGCAAUGCUCUAUCCAGGUCCGGCAAUGCGAGGCGUUGGAAGCGGAGGUGGAAGUGCAAAGGAAGCGCGCUUUUUUCGGAUCCGCCAUGUCUUCCCUCAGAGCUGGACGGGGGAAGGCUACCUUGAAGCAGAUCGUGGAAGGCGCGGCCCCCGCGAAGAAGGGACGGCAUCAAGCGAAGAGGCAGAGGAAGGUCGUCCAAGUCGUGCCCGCUGGCAGUGCACGAGACGUUGUGGAGGAGGCUAUGGUGGAGGAAGAGAUGACGAACGACGACGACGAUGAACCACUGCACAGGAAGGCGAGGGUCAGCUCCGCGGGGGGGGUUAGAAUAAACGAGGGGGGGGAAGGGACACCGACCGCACGGCGAGGAGGUGGCGUUCCAGCGGCCAACCAAACAGUGUUUGUCGACGUGGCACGCGACCUGGCGCGAGACGUGGCAAGGAGGGACGUUGGUGGCCGCACGAAGGAAGGGGCCGCCUCGCAUGAGACUGCGCAACGCGUGCUUGCGCCUUUGAAUCGCCCCCGAACCCGGGCUGCAGACGUGGCGGGGAGUUCCCAAGCAGCGGUUGAAGGUGGGACGUUGCGAUCUCCCGCGGUGGCGGCGCGCGGCGGCGCUGUGGCGGUCCCGGGAGAGGCGGUUGAAGUCCCGAAGGGAGGAGAUGGCGCGGCGUCCGGGGAAGACGACGAGGCUCUGGUGCACAGGCUGCGCGGGCAACGNUUGAAGUCCCGAAGGGAGGAGAUGGCGCGGCGUCCGGGGAAGACGACGAGGCUCUGAUUCUGGAACGACACGCAGGGGAGCGCCAUAGUGAGGAUAAUCCAAGAAGCGCGCGCGUAUCUCGUGGCCGUGGCGCGGGGAGUGCAGCCUCCAGCUAUUCGACGGAGCAUCUCCCUUCCACACAACUUCAUCCCCAAACACAAAAUCGAGGACGAGUCAGAGCUGAACGCGGCGAGAGAGAGGGCGUUGAAAGUGCAGGCAAUCUCCCUCAGGGCGAUCCACGGUUGGGUCUUCAAGUCGGAGAGCAGGCAAAGGGGGUAUCACUUAGCAUACCAAUACGCGUUGAAUCACGCAGCCACGGACAUUGCUAGAGCAAUGUGGUUAGCAGAGGACUGGUGCAGUUUGGUGAGCCCAAUGUUGUUCCGCACCACAUUGGACGUAGACAUGAAGUUGCCUUUGUGGUUCGUGGGCGCGGCUUACCAGGAAGCUUGUGUCCAGCGUCUGGUGCGGGAUUUCACAAGCGCAGUUGGCACGACAAAAGCUAUGGACGGCGGUCGAGUGUCGUAUGAGCGUCUGAAGGGGAUGGCAGAGGCGAUGAGGUAUUUGCUCUCCGCCACGAUGUGGAUUAUGCGAAUGGCGGGGGACGAUCCGAGAUCGCAUUACGACGCUUGGGKAUUCGUUCAACUGACGGCGAAGACGACGCUGCUGGCGUCCAUGAACCGGCAGUUCGACGCCCGCCGACACAUCACGCAAUCCGCGCAGGUCAUGACGAACAAGUUGGGGAGACCGCCUCCGACCAUCGCCCCCCCACCUGCGUACAUCCCCGAUUGGGCGUCUAAGUGCGGGGUGACUUUCUCGCACGACGCCACGUUGGCCUCCCCGAUGGAGGCGAAACGGUUGGAUUGGCUGGGGACAGGUCCCCCCGAGGAUGACGACGACGAUGCCGAAGGCGAUGACAAAGGCGAGGGGGGUUGACGCGUAGACGACAGUGAUGGCGAAGGCGAGGAGGGGAUGAUGCGCAGGCCCUAUUGAGAUGGCGGGUACAUGAGGAUGGGGGGAGGGCGUGUUUUAGGGGGGGGGGUUCUUCGGGGGGUGGGACGCGGGAGGGCUCACGGGACACAAAGGGUAUGUGCCAUCGUUUAUGAUUGUGUUCGGGGCAGGACGCCACGAGCGUGCGGGGUUUGUUUGAGUACCGUGGGAGUGAUCAUCUUAUUGCCCAUGUUUUUUUUUUUUCCGCUGGAUUUCGGCAUGCCACUGUUCAGAGGUGGCAUGCAUAGUAGAAUGUGUGCAUUGGUAGCGCAGCGAAAUUUCUUAAUGGGUGAUGUUCUUUUUUAUCUUCGCAACGAUGCAUGGUCUUCUUUUUUCAUUCCAUCCAUUGCUUCUUUUUUUUUUUUUUUUUUUUUUGAAAAACGCAUGCACGACGGGUGCGGUUUCAUCUCUCAUUGCCUGUUGAAUGUUCGUGGCAACAAAGCAAUGCAUCAUGGUUCGUGUGUAUAGAACGUCCAAUCCAUCCUUCCGCCUUGUUUCGUAAUAAACAAAAAAAACAAAAAAAAACAAAAUUUAAAAUACAAAUAAAUAAAACCAAAAUACAAACUAAAAAAAUACAACACACCACAUUGGAGCGAGAGCGGUA